AUGGGAGCUAUCAACUACCUCAGGGAGAUCCACAGGCGCAAGCAGUCUGACGUGAUGAGAUAUCUGCUAAGGAUUCGAGUGUGUGAGUAUAGGCAGAGAGGAGAGUGCUUCCGGGUUGAGAAGCCGACAUUUUUGGAAAGGGCCAGAACCCUUGGAUACAAAGCAAAGCAAGGAUAUGUGCUGUACAUUGCACGGGUGAAGAAAGGGAAUAUGAAGAGGAAUUACCAUAACGGUAACACACGAGGAAAAUGCGUGAAUGCAGGAAUCAACCAGAUCAAGCCAUCGCUUCGGAAGCAGGCGACAGCAGAGAUGGUAGCAGGGAAGAAGUGCUCGAACCUUGGGGUGCUGAACUCCUACUGGGUGGGGCAGGAUGCAGCCUACAAGUACUAUGAGGUGAUAAUGGUCGACCGACAUCACCAGGCCAUAAGAAAUGACAUUAAGAUAAACUGGAUAUGCAAGAACACGAUGAAGCACAGAGAGUGCAGGGGCCUUACGUCUGCGUCUCGGAAGAGCAGAGGACUUGGAAAGGGAAUCCGAUUCAACAAGUCGAAGGGAGGGUCCAUCCGAUCCUGCUGGAGAAGAAGAAAUACGUUGGUUCUUCAGAAGUACCGCUGA